UAGCAUGUUCAUUCGAGCCAACGUAGUUUCAAAGGCACGUCUUAAUGUAAAUUAAGCUACUUGAUAUAAAUAAGACUUUUAUUAUCACCGGUCAUACAAGUGGAUAAACUCUACGUUCAGAGGACAUACGUCGUGGUCUCAAAAUGAACGGCACAAGCACUGACUCUUUGACCAAGAGCCAGGUCAAGUACCGGUCAGGCAGUAGCCGCGUGCUCGUGUUCCUCGUGGUGUUGUUUGCACUGACCACGGUGGCAUUGGCAGUUGUGGUAGCAGUGACCGUGCUGAAGGUCAAGGACAAAGAGACCCCAGUUCCUGUCGCUACGCAACCACCAGCACCAGUGGAAAGCUCCACAAUAAUUGCGGAGCCGGAAGUAUGCCUUACAGAGGGCUGCGUUAUGGCGGCCGCCAGGGUGCGUGGCGCCAUGGAUACUGAGGUGAACCCAUGCGAUGACUUUUUCAACUUCGCGUGUGGUACGUGGAUUCAAAAGCACGUUAUCCCAGAGGACAAGAGUUCGUUUGGCACUUUCACCCAACUCCGUGAUGACGUUGAUAUCAUAGUAAAAGGUGUUCUUGAUGUUGCCGACAAGCACGACGACCCGGAAGUGGUUACAAAGGCAAGGAAAUACUACAAGGCAUGUGUAGACGAAAAGAAAAUUGAAGAUGGGCCUAACCUAUAUCCAAUCUUAUAUGACGGCACUUGGCGGAUUCCCAGUCCUUGCUUCGAAACCUGGAGAGGCAACUGGGUUUCAGCUGGGUUCGACUGGGUGAAUCUUUUGCCUCUGUGA